AUGACCGAAGAGAGAAAACACGCCGCCUGCAAGGAGUGUCGGGAGAAGAAGCUGCGUUGUGCUCCCAGUGACGACGGAGGCGAUGCGUGCAACAGGUGUGCGAGACUGGGAAAGCAAUGUCAAGUACCUGAAGUCAAGCAGAGGAAGCGCAAAGCUCGCUUACGUGGUCGGGUGGAACAACUGGAGAGCAGCUACACAGAGAUCCUGUCGUUGCUUCGAAGCCAGAAGACUCUGUGCGACGCCACUGGGAAUGCGACGACGGCGGUCAUGUCCAAUCCGACACCAUCCUAUACCGACUCACACAUGUCGCAGAACCCAGAGCUGGUGUCGCCAUCAGGGUUCCAUUCCACCCACUCCGAUGUCACCAGCCACUGUCUGCUUGAUAUUUCCCCGGAAGAGUGUGAGAGCUUGCUCAACGACUACCGACGCAUGUCGUCGAACCACUUCCCCUACGUGCUCCUCCCCGAGGCAUGCACGGUCGCGACGCUGAUCGAGGAGAGACCAAUGCUUGCCCAGGCCAUCUUCAUCAGCACCACAUGGCGGACGCCGGCACGACAGUCUGCGUUGAAGGAUAAAUUCCUCAAGGAUCUAGGGGAGAUGUACUUUGUCCGGUCGGAGAGAUCGCUGGAUCUCCUACAGGCAUUGCUUGUAUACUUUGGCUGGUGCCAUUGGCAUGCUUAUCCCGUUGCCACCCAAGUCUACCGGCUGGCCUCACUGGUGGUGACCAUGGCUGUGGAGCUAGGUAUCGACCAGAAACCGAUGAACGUCACACAGCACGACAUGAUUGUCAAUUCGGGGUCAUCCCUCACGCAGAGCAACGAGGUGGUGUCGUCAAAGUUUUGGGGCUACGAGGCCCGAAGGGCCUAUAUCGGCGCCUACAACGUCUCGACUUUUGGUUUGUUCAUGUUCAGAAAACCCUGCAUGUUGACCUAUACCCAAUAUCUCGACGACUGUGCUUCAUCGCUGGCCGCAGAUCCUCAGCAUCCGUCGGAUACCACGCUCGUUCACUAUGUCCGGACUCUACGUCUGGCCGAAGAGGUCACGUACCACUUCGACCACGGUUCCAAGGAGAAAGUGGGCGAGCUCACCGACGAAAAAGUCCAGAUCCUGGUCAGGGCAUUGUCGAGGCAGUUGGAGGACUGGAAAGCUGCCCUUCCGCCUGGCAUGUUCAACAUGAACCGUAUCCAACGCGGAUAUUAUAGCAUCCGGUCAUACAUGCGCGAGGUGGGAUUGUAUGGACUCCUCCAAGGUCAAGUGCCGUCUGCGACCCGCGUGUCGAUCAUCUACGACUGCUUCAACGGCAUCAUGAAAUUCCUUUCAUUAGCUCUCGAGAGCAGCCUCGAAGACUUGGCCGACUGGACCGCCGUCGACUGGCGCAGUGUCAACUUUGCAAUCAUGCUGUCGACCAAGUCGUCCAUCAUCCUCGACUCGGCCUACGCGAGCACCGAGGCCUCCCAACGAGCUGCCUGGCUGGACAAGUGUCUCGACACCCUGUGCCAACGGGCUCAGGAACUGCAUCGCCUCAAGAAUGACGAUUGCAGCUACUUCCAAAAACUCGCCAAUGAGUGGGCCAACAUGAAGAUCUACCACCAGAACUGUCUCCAACGAAGCCUCUCAUCUUCGAACGGAACAAACAGUGUCCAACUGCCGACGCAACUGCCUGCACAGCAACAGCACGCUGCCACUGUAGCCUACCUCGACAGUGCGUUUGGGAUGGAUCCAUUCAACGACCUGUUCUGGGCCGGGUUCGCCGAACCAGAGCCGGGCAUUGGUGGCAUGUUCUCCAUGUGA